CGCAUGUCGUAGUUGUCGCGGCUGUCGCUGCGGCGGCGGAAGUCGUCGCGCGGGCCGUACGGCCCAUUCAUGGGCGGGAAAUCCUCACGCAUUGGAGGCUCCGCCUGCGAUUAAUACGAGACGUUAAAGGCUGAUGAUGUGGUGUGGAAGGAGAGGGAGGUGUGGGGGCAAGCAGGGACGCACCAUUGUGGGUCUUGUGUCCGGAAGGAAGCGAUAAGCUCACGUACAAGAGCAAGAAGACUCUACUGCGACGUAGCUGGCGAUUUGAAGACUGAGGCGUCUCCACCAAGUAGUAAGUGUACCGCAUAAAUGGUACGUGAAAAUGGUACAUGUACCUGUUAUCAAAUGUGAGAGGCAAGUUGAAGUGAAUUGUAUUAACGGGUUUAAAUCUCGGCGGCGCCGCGGUUGGCAGCGGCCUUUUGGCUGCGUGGAGUGCCUACAGUCUCGCCAAAGGUGAAGUCUUCGGCAGGCGGGUCGCUGCUGCCGACAGGGAUGGAGUCGGUUGUGAAGAGGAUGUCAAACACGAUGCACACGGACGCUAGGAACAUGGUGACGAUAGCGGCGACGAUGUUGGUGCACUGGAACUCGCACACUUCCUGCAGCAAGAUCUUGAUGUCCUCGUCCACGCCUGAACACACUGACGUACCCACGGGAGCGGCUGCGACGGCCACGGCGGACCCGAACGUGAACAUGAGCCACACUGAGUCGAAGAUCACAAACGCUUGCGCCUUUGGUAGACGGAGUUUGCGGACGUCAAAGAUCAGCACACGAACGGUAAACGUAAUGACGACCAACGCUCCGAUAGUUAUGAGGAAGUACACCUGUGUGCCGGACCGGAACAUCUCCUGUCCGUAGUCACAGCUCUUGAUGCCACCGGAACCGGCCGUUCCUGUAGCGACCAACGCGAGGAGAAUCGUCAGCAGACGGACUACCAUCGGAAUGCGUUCAUGCACCAUCUUGGCUCUUAUAUUGUGCCGGAGCAAGUGAGAAAUCCUAGUGGUUUCUACGAGAAGAAUGCGUGAAUGAAGUCGAUAGAACAACCCUCUCAAACAUAGCUACCACCAUAACUCCUGGCCUCAUGCCACUAAGAAUACACCACCGCUGCAACGCGAUCCUACAAAUUGCGCUUUGCAAGCGAUAUUCAUGGGAAGAAGCGGCGCUUUCGACACACACACACUUCACUGGAACGAAGCCCCAAAAUCGGAGUGAUCUAUUUGUGGGAAGAGUAAGGGACGAUGUUGUGCUUCUACUACUUCAGGCGGCACCAAGCUCGCUGUGCCUGGUUCCGUGCCAUCCCAUCAUGUCUACUCAACUGAGAAGCCUUCGAACGACUGGUUUGAGCGCGUUUAACCCCUCUCAACUCCCGGUUAAUGAACGUCCUGAGUCCCUUUCGCAAAAUGACGACGUGGCUUCUUCAGAUGAGAGCGAAGAUGACGAUGAUGAGAGCGAUUAUGAAGACAGCGAUGACUCGGAAGAGGAAAGUGACGAUGAACCGGUUCUUGGUCCUCUACAGCGUCUAUCAAAUGCACUGAGAAUGAAACAGCAAGAUAUGCUCGCUAAGCGACGCCAUCCAGUUCUUGAGUGGAAGGCAGCGGUUCAAUGGCAUGCCGAGAAUGCAGCAGGUUGCAUAGCAGCAGAGCAAGAAAGAAAGCGCCGUGGCGAAAUAGCAAUGGAAAAGGCAGCACGGCGUGAACGCAAAAUGAAGCGCAAGGCUCAGCGCCAUUUCACCAAGCUGAAAGAGACUGAGUUUCGUACACUUCUCGAGGAAAACAGUGUAGCAAUCAUCAAAAGCAAGAAGCGCACUGAACUACUGACACAGUUUUCCAUUGAAAACCGCUCCAUUGAGAAGCGAAAGCUUGCUGCUAUUGCGGCUGCCAAGCGUGCAGACCAAUUGUGCGAGGCUGCAGAGAAGAUAGCGCAGGCGGAAAAGCGCGAUGAAGAGGACAAACAAGUUACGCUGGACAAGCUACAACAGUGUAUCGAUGCCUCCGACGCAAUGGGGAGACGAUAUGGUUUACUCCCAGCUAUCAACACGCCUGCUGCAUCACCACCAGGAGAGCAGGACGAGACGUCCACAGUGCUGAUACUUCGGGUGAAUAACACCCCACUCACCAACGAUACGGAGUCAAGCCGUACUGCUCCCAUGGGGGCAGCAAAGCGACAGUACUUUACGCUCAACUUGAAGCGAUGCAAGCACGUUGAAGAGCUUCGAGGUGAGCGGAUUGGUGAUCGAGGGGCGAAAGAGUUAGCGCGAUCAUUGCUUACUGGGGCGUGUCCACGAGUACGCAGCAUACAUCUGGGAUGGAACCUCGUCAAGUAUCCUGGCAUAGCGGCGCUAGCAGAUUGUUUUACUCGCGGUGCCUGUGCGCAGCUACAAGAGCUUGACUUACGGUGCAACAAUAUCGACAGCAAGGCAUUCGCAACUCUACUUACCGCUCUGGAAAAGGGAGCAUUACCGGAGUUGCUUGACAUCGAGCUCCAAGGUAAUAUACUGGGCGAUGAGGGCGCUCGGGCACUUGCACACGCCUUUUUCAAAGGUACACUUCGCGCAUUACGACGAAUCGAUGUUCGUCAGAACAGAAUACGCAACGAUGGCAUUCUGGCACUCUGGAACGUGUUCACAGCACCUAAUUUCAGAAGGUUCUGCCCCAAGCUUGAGCUUCUAGAUAUGAGUCGGAACGACACGCAUGGAUCUCUUACAAGAUCGUUUUGUCCGUGUCCUCCCUAUCUCACAUUCUAGUAGUUCAGCGAGGGAUAACAUGUUGAAACAAUGCAAGGUUUGGAAGGUUUGAAUUGUAGUAUGGAGAGCUUUCACAUGAACGAGGUUGACGCGUUCUUGAUCUCUUGCGUCCUGUAAAGGGUAAAGAAGUGAGUCAAGUAGCAGCGUUAAUACAAUGAUGAAUACGUACACACUACGAAUGAAGAGCGCUUGGUUGAUCGUUGACACGGAUUCGGGUAAACGGAGUGUCGGCUUUUCAAUCCCAAGAUUUAGCAACGCUAAAAACCACAAGCAACAGGUUAAACUAUCCAGGUAAAGGUAACAAGUUCAGGUUUACUACCUUGAUCGUAUUGCUCCGUGGUGAUGAAGCCUUGGUCUUUGAUGUCGAACGCAGCGAACAUCACCUUGAGAUCAUUCUCUUCAAAGAAGGGCACCUAUAAAGGGCAAGCAUUAUAUUCUUUUGGCUGAAUCCACAAUAUUCAGAGAGCUCGUAACCGUACGUGGCGUUGCUCCUGCUUCGCUUUUCGCAUUUCAUCGAGCUGCUGAAUGAGGAAUUCGCGAGGAUUGGGCGGGCGGUGAUAGAGGAGGAGCGUUCCCAGACCCUCAAAGAGUUCCUUGAUACCGUGCGAAGCCAUAUACAACUCUGCUCGCACCUUCGGAUCCUUCGUGUUGGCUGCAGGAGGUAUCGCCGACGACAUAGCUUUAAGGCGAGGUUUACUGGGGAGU